CAUGGCGGCGCUCUGGCGAGGGCGCUUCCGGGUUGAGCCCUGGCUCCGCGGUGCCGCGCGGGCUCUUUCAGCAGGGAAGAAGAAUGAGUAUGACCUUGUUGUUAUCGGAGGGGGCUCUGGCGGAUUGGCUUGUGCUAAAGAAGCUGCCCAGUUUGGAAAGAAGGUAGCUGUCCUAGAUUAUGUGGAGCCUUCUCCAAGAGGAACCAAAUGGGGGCUUGGUGGGACAUGUGUGAACGUGGGUUGCAUUCCAAAGAAGUUGAUGCACCAAGCGGCCCUCCUGGGACAUUCGAUCCGAGAUGCCCAACAUUAUGGCUGGAACGUACCCCACCGUAUCAGCCACGACUGGUCUGUGAUGGCCAAGGGGGUUCAGAACUAUGUCAAAUCCUUGAAUUGGGGACACAGGUUACAGUUACAAGAUAAAAAGGUCAAAUAUUUCAAUCUGAAAGGCAGCUUUGUGGAUGCACACACUAUCCGUGGCGUAGGAAAAGGAAACAAGGAGACGCUGCUCACCGCAGACCACAUAGUUCUUGCCACUGGUGGCAGACCAAGAUACCCCGCCGAGGUUCCAGGAGCCCAAGAGUUUGGGAUUACAAGCGACGACAUUUUCUGGCUAAAAAGAUCCCCUGGAAAAACGUUAGUUGUUGGUGCCAGCUAUGUUUCCCUCGAGUGCGCCGGCUUUCUCACUGGCCUCGGAUUGGAUACUACCGUGAUGAUCAGGAGCAUCCCGCUUCGAGGAUUUGACCAGCAAAUGGCCGGUCUGGUGACGAACCACAUGGAAGCGUCAGGCACCCGGUUUCUGAAGAAAUGCAGUCCAACUAAAGUCAAGAAACUGGACAACGGCCGGCUGCGGGUGACCUGGAAAUAUGCUGACUCUGGCAAAGAAAAAUCGGAUGAGUUUGACACGGUGAUGUGGGCAGUAGGCCGAGCGCCAGACACUGCAGCCCUCAAUCUGUGUCGUGUGGGAGUGGAAACCAAUCCGGAAACAGGCAAAAUCCUUGUCGAUGCAGCAGAAGCCACUUCGAUCCGCCAUGUUUUUGCAAUUGGGGACAUCACUGAGGGCCGUCCUGAAUUAACGCCCACCGCAAUCGCUUCGGGGAAAUUGUUGGCUCGGCGGUUGUUUGGCCUCUCUGCCGAACUCAUGGAUUACGACAAUGUGCCUACAACGGUGUUCACCCCUCUAGAGUAUGGUAGCGUUGGCAUUUCAGAAGAAGCAGCUGUCCACCGAUAUGGUCCAGAUAACAUAGAGGUGUACCACGCAUUUUAUAAACCCUUGGAGUUUGUUGUGGCCGAAAGAGAUGCUACUCAGUGCUACAUAAAAAUGGUGUGCCUGCGUGAAAAAGAUCAGCGGAUCCUGGGUCUUCAUUUCAUUGGCCCAAACGCUGGCGAAGUUAUUCAAGGCUUCGCUCUUGGAAUCAAGUAAGUUUAAAGAAUGCCAGUCUCACAGCCUAGCCUCCCCCCAGCUGCC